UCUCCGAUGACACCAUUAGUAAACCUGUUGUUCUGUUGUUCAUGGUAUGGGAAUGGACUCAGCCGCCUGGCACUGUCUUUCCACCAAGGCUCUGAGCAUCUCCGUUCUACUGAUUUCUUCAGAGUUGAUGUGGCCCGCUGGUACUCACUAUCUCAGAUGCGACUUCAGUAUCAAGUCUCAUCCCACAGAUGGAGAGGAAGGUUGGGAAGUACAGUGCACGGCAGAUGGAAUGACUUUACUUCACCAUAGUAACGGAGGAAAGGCGGUAAAUGCUGCUAAGACAUGUGGAGGUUUGUACCCAAAACUAAAAGACACUGGAGAAGAGUUGAGGAAGCAGCUACUUCUCAUGGAAAAGGAGGCAGUGCUGACCAGGGGCCAUCACGCCAUGGAGGGCACCAUGGUAUCUCAAUAUAAACAUGGACAACGCAUUGAUGCCUCCUGGAACUUCACCAUUGAUGGACAGCAUUCCUUCUUCUAUGUCCACUAUAAUCAAAACAACAAGAAAUGGGAAGUGAUUAACUAUAACGCCACAGGUGUCCUAGAGAAUUGGGAGAAUAAUGCAGAACUAGCACAAGAUCUAGCAAUGCUCUCCAUGGGAGAUUCCAGACACUGCCUUGAGGAAUUCUUAAAGCACCAGAAGGAAAUGCCAAGAGCAACAUCAAGAACCGCAAACAUCACAGAGAUUGCAUCUGCCACCCAGCAUCCAUGUGCCAUGAACACCACCCAGCUUCCACCUAUCAGGCAGCUUCAUGAAAACAGAGAAUCCAUGGCAGUAGCCAUCCCCAUCAUCCUCUUUGUUAUUGCUAUUGUUGUUGCUAUUGUUAUUGGCAGUGGCAUUGGCAUUGGCAUUUGCACUUUCAAAUAUUUGAAGAAGAAAUGUCAUCCCCAAGAAGGAGAGAGCUGUAACUACACAUUUUUCAGUCCAGUUUCCCAAAUUUGGGGAAAUUGCAAGGGUCAGCACACCCCAAGUUCAAUGGGUGAACCUCACCCUGAGAAUACCACAAACAUGAUGGUGAUGUAUCCCCUACUAGGUGCUUCUCUGCAAUGCUCCCCUGCAUCCUCAUCUGCAGUCUGAUCUACACUCACUGUCUCCAGCUGCCGCUGCUACUCCUCUUCUGCAUCACAGCCAGGAAAGAAAGACACCUGAUGAUGUUGGGAAUCUACCGUUUGACUUCUGAUCAAACAUGGUGUGAAAUAUUUAAGUUGACCGUCUCCAUGCCUCCUCUAUCUCUUCCUCAAGAUGUAACAGGUCAUUGUUUCCAGAGACUCCAUCUAACUUUAUUCCUGUCCCCUUUCUCACUCUUAGACUAUCACCAUGAGGAGAUUAGGCUACUCCCUGGGCUAGGUUACUCCUUAUUGUGUAAAAUGAUGGCUUUUAUCCUGGGUUUUCCUCAAGGUGACUCCAUUUUAAAAGCAACAAGUUGAUGCCUGGCCAUCUCCUGUACACUUACACAUGCCUUCUGUCUAGCACCAGCCAUAAGACAAAGUCAGAUAAAUGCCUUAUUCCUAAAAGUCAAAGACAUCACUCAUACACAUAUCAAAAUCAAUUACACACAUGAGCAUGAGGGCAUUUCAAAAUCAUCUGUGCUGGAUAUGUAAUGUCAACUUGACACAAGCAAGAAUUAUCUGAAAGGAGGGAACCUCAAUAGAGAAAAUGUCUCCAUAAGAUCCAGCUAUUGGGCAUUUCCUUAAAUAGUAGUUGAUGGCAGAGUGAUGGAGAAUUUUCUUCUGUGUAUAUGUUUCUCUUAUUCCUUAGUGAAUAAAACACUGGUUGGCUGAUGGGCCAGACAGGAAGUGAGAUACCUGGACAGAAUCAGGAUAUAAGCUGGGACAAACAGCAAAUUGCUCUCUUCUCUGUUGGAAUGCUGAGCAGUCAUCAUGUAGCAGGCACAGUAAUUGUAGGCCCGGCAUUCCCUGGUAAGCCAAGACCACAUGGAAAUAUAUGGAUUAAUAGAAAUGGGUUAAUAAUUAAAACAAAGCUAGCAAAUAAGAAACACUAGUUGCCAGCCAACCAAAUCAUAAUUAAUAUAAGACUAUGAGUGUUCAUUUGGGGCUGACACAGCUGUGGAACCAGGCUGGGAGGGAAAGAAUGCUGACAAGAGGAGAGGGCCCAGUCCACUGUGGGUGGUACCAUCCCUGGGCUGAUGGUCCCAGGCUCUAUAAUAAAUCAACGGAACAAGCUGUGGGGAGCAAGUCAGUAAGCAGCACCCUCCAUGGCCCGUGCAUCAGCUCCUGCCUCCAUGCCGCCCUGCUUGUAUUUCUGUUCUAUGUGAUGGAUACCACAUGGAAGUGUAAACCAAAUAAACCCUUUCCUCCCCA